AUGUUGGUUUCAGGGUUUCUACUGGUUGGCCUGUUCUACCAUAAUCCGCUUAUAGCAGUUGCGGUUUUCGCACUUGUGUGUCUGCUUUACUGGCUGGUGAAACAUAACUACAAGUUUUGGGAAAUAGAUGGUGUUCCGUUUCCAAAACCGUCAAUACUGACUGGAAAUCUAGGCCCCUCACUAUCGCUAAAGAAGCACAUAUCGGAAUUGGCUAGCGAUUGGUAUCACGCCUACCCAAAUGCUCCGUUCGUUGGUUACUUUAAAAUAUUUACACCGGCAAUAAUGGUUAAAGAUCCAGUUCUAGUCAAGAAUAUACUCACGCGCGAUUUCGAAUGUUUCGCCAACAACGACUUCCUGCUGGAUAUGCGACAAGAUCCUUUACUAUCCCACGAUCCCUUUUUAGUGUCAGGAGAACGUUGGAAACGAUCCAGAAAUUUGCUAACACCAUCAUUCACCGGGGCAAAGAUUAAACAGCUCUUCCCAAUCAUGGAAUCGGUGGCUAAUGCCUUUGAAGCAUUUAUCGAACGUCAUGUGUCGCAGGAGCUUGAGGCCAAAGAGAUAGCUGCGCGCUUUACGACCCAAAAUGUAGUAGCAUGCACGUUUAGCAUCGAUGGUGAUUGUUUUGCCGAUAGCGAGAGUGAGUUCCGGCGUAUGGGCAAGAGAGUCUUCGAAACAUCACUACCGGCGACAAUCAAAACGAUGAUGGCGGUGUUUCUGCCUGCAGUAGCCACAUUGAUUCCUGUGCCGUUUCUGCUGAAAGACGUUGACGAAUGGAUUCGAUCGCUUGUAGCCAAUCUUAUAAUAAAAAGAUCCACCGUUGACGAUAGAAAGGCUGUAGCUGAAGACUUGUUGCAGUCUUUUCUCAAGAAUAGAGAAAAAUACGACUCCACCCAAACCGAAAUUACCGCCAAUGCGUUGACCAUCUUUCUCGAAGGAUUUGAGACAUCAAGUGUCGUUUUGGGAUUUGCUCUGUAUAGACUUGCUAAAAGCCCCGAAGUCCAAGAUAGGUUACAUAAUGAAAUACGCAAACAAAUCGACGCUAAUGACGGAAAGCUGGACUUUGAUGUGAUUCAACAGAUGGAGUACUUGGAUUGGGUGCUACUUGAAACAUUGCGGAUGCAUCCUCCAGCCGCGACAAUGCAUAAGGUCUGCACUAAGAAGUACAUUAUGCGACGAGGGUUUCGGGACAACGUGGGACAUGAUUUGGGUGUAUACGUACGCGAAGGAACACCGAUUUUGAUUCCGGUUCUGGCAAUACACAUGGACCCCAAAUACCAUCCGGAACCGCAUCGGUUUGACCCAGAACGAUUUAGCCCGGAUCGAAAAACAGUGCAUCCCGGUACGGUAUAUAUGCCUUUUGGAGAAGGUCCACGAAUGUGCAUGGGCAUGCGAUUUGCUCAGGCGCAGGUGAAGCUGGCAAUUAUCAAGCUCAUUUUGGCUUAUCGCGUGAAAGUAGGUUCGAACGACAAACCUUUUGUCGUUGACUCUCGCUCAUUCGUCUACCAAGCAAGAGACGGUUUACGAAUAAUGUUUGAACGACGAUAA